AUGGAUGUGGAGACGAAUGGACCAGAACAAACCAAUUCGACUCAUUUGACCAACUCCAAAGUGACUUCACCCCUGGCAAACCUGCCUUUGGAACGUGCAACGACCUCCAGACACUCACAAGAACCCUCUCAUACCCAGGAAGCUCUCACUUCACCCGUGCCAUCCGUCACCAUGCCUUUCGACUCAGUCUACUCAUACCUCCAGUCCCAGAUCUUGCCUGUCUCCGAGCCCAUUACCCCUGCUCAGCAAAGCAAGUUCAUCAACUACUUGGACGAGGAGCUCCUCAAAAUCCAGCGCAAAUUCAUCAAAGACCAGGCUGAUACAAUCGAGACCUACUCGCUCUCCCAGCUCCAGAAAGAGUUGCUGGUGCUCAUCAAGCUCAUCUGGGUCUCCAUCACAAAGAGAAAUAAGCUCUUUGGCCAGGCUGACUACCUCAUCAAGAUUCUAGGCGACUUGGAGGACUACUUGUUCCACUACAAAACCAUUUUUGUGCUCCAGAACCAGGUACCUGUGAUAUCUGGGACGGAAAGAUCCAAACUCAUCCAAUUCUUCGAGUUCUUUCAGGACAUAGACUCCAAGCUCAGUCUCUUGAUGGAUGGCUACGAGGUCGGCAAUACCACAGAGAAGCUCAGCAGCACCCAGGUCGUACGCUUGAUCCCUCUAGCGUCCCGGUUGAGAAUCCAAAUCGUGUCGUCACUCGAUACCAAUAGAUUGGCUCUACAGCGCAAUUUCCAGGCAUCGAAUGCGAUUGAAGAGUCCAGGAACCUUUUGGAUAUACUCGACGUUGAGAUUGGACGGUUGUUCGAAGGUGUGCUCGAGCGGAGCGAGCUUUGA